AUGGUGGAAGAUGGAGCAGACGAAGACGAGGACAGAGAGGGAGAAGAGAAGGCAAACCGACUCUUAGAGCAGAAGCAAGCAACGCAAGCAAGACUGCACAGACAGGGUCAUGGACUCCAGCACAACCCAUGCAAGGACUUGAUUGAAGCAAGCAACAAAAAGACGAGAAGAAGGAAAACAGAAUCAAAGCAGAGGGAGGAGAGGAAUAAAGAGGAAGAGGAGAUAGCAGGAGAAAAGAAGAAGAAGAAGAAGAAGAGGGAGUGGAAGAAGCAAGCAAGCAAGCAAGGUGAAGUUCAAGUAAGUCUCAACUGGUGGAGAAUCGCAUUACUUGCUUUGCUUUUAGGCGCUUCUUUUGCUUCUUUUUUCUCUUUCUCUGUAUCUCGUUUGGUCGUCUCCCUCUUACUCUCUUGUCUAUCAGUCUAUCUCUCGUUGCUGGUGUUUGAUGCUGGUGUUGAUGCUGCUGCCAGUGUCUAUCAGUUGCUGGUCAGGGGGUUGAAGGAGUUCCCUUGCCUGUCUCUUCUUCUUCUGCUGCUGCUCUUCUGCUUCUUCCUCUCUGGCGCCUUUUUUUUCCUUUUCUUUGCUUUUUCGUCUCUUUUUUUUGCUUCUUCCACGGCGUAUCAUUCAUUCGAUACCCUUGGGAUCCGCCCGUCUGUCCGGGGGAUGUUGCUUUUUGGUAGAGACGAGACGACGAUUAUGAUGAUUGAUGAUGAUGAUGAUGAUGAUGAUGAUGAUGAUGAUGAUGAUGAUGAUGAUGAUGAUGAGAUGAUGAUGAAGCAGGAUUAUAAAGACGGGAGAGAUAAGUGCAUGUUAUAUUGCUAUUCUUAUAUACAGCCGGUCGUUGACAGCCAGCCAGGUGUAGAGUACAGCCGGUUUCCAGUCAUGCACAUUCAUCAGUGCUCGCUGAGUUUCAGCAACGAUCAAUCAAGAUGGCUUCCGCGGCGCAGCAGGAGGGCCCUUUUUUGCUUCUUCUUCUUCUUCUGCUUCGUCUAUCAAAAGCAGAAGACGAGCAAGCAGACGUCCAGAGGGAACUGUACUAUGGAUACCAGACUUGACUUCGUACCGGGUCCUGUGCUUCACUCUACACCACCACCACCACUACUACGCCCUUGGUUUUUGCAAAAGCGACGGCGGCCCUUGACUGGCCCUCGCUGGCUGAGCUUCUCGCCCCCCAGCCAUUCCUUUUCCUUGCGGUCUGCAAAAAUCGCAUCGUCCUCAAAUCUCCAAGAAGUGCGUGGAGCGUGGAGCAAGCAGGCCCGAGGGUGGAUCAAGGACAACUCACAACUCACACUUCACGGUCUGGUGAUACUAUUUGCUGGCAAACAUCUCAUGGGGUUGGUUGCUUUUUCCUUCUGCUGCUUUCUGUGUCUGCUUCUUCGUCUUCUUCCUCGCCGUGGUGGUGAUGCUCUCGCAGAGGGAUGGAGACCCCCCCCCCUCUCCCCCCUGCAAACGCCCUUCUCCUGCUCCCAAUCCUUGUCUCUCCGAUACGCAGCACCGUUCUUCUGGAAGCAAGCAUCAUCAUCACUCGACUCGUUCGCCCUCCGUGCUUUGCUUCUGCUGCUUCCGCUGCUGCUUCUCCUGCUGCUGCUGCUAUUCUUACUUCUCUAG